AUGGAGAAUGGUAAUAACAAAUCGAGAGAGCUUAUUCAUCGCUUUUAUUAUCAGCAGCCUUUGUCAGGGACGCCGUGUGCUAGCAAAGUUACUCUUGGCGAAUUGGUAUUGCUCGGAAGCUUCGAUGAACUGUUCAAACGCCUUGCCAAAGCAACUUCUGAGGACGUCAACAAAGCAGAUGAACGCGGCCAAACGAUUCUUCAUUAUGCUAUAGAGAGCGGACACGAAGACUUGGUUCUGAAACUUGUAUGCCAUCGCGCCAUCAAAGCUUCCAUUCGUGACCAGCGAAAACGAUCACCUCUUCAUCUAGCAGUGCGCUCAGAAAAGUUAUGUUUAGUAGAGCUUGUGCUGCGUGUUACUAGUAAUGUCGACAUAUUUGGACCGAACGACAGAACGCCGCUUCACGUGGCUUCUCUCCUCUCUUUGCCGGCAAUUGCGCAACUUUUGAUUGACAAAGGUGCCAACCCUAUGAUCAAAGACAAAGAAGAAAUGACUCCAAUCGGCCUAGCAGCAAGAAAAGGCUGCGUGCCAAUUCUCGAUAUGAUUUUCUCGCGCUGUAUUUACUUUGCGUUUUAG